UGAACUCCUUCAAGAAGGAGCACCGCAGUGAAAGUUCCUCAGUCUCUUAGAUUCAGCAGGAUUGGUCGCUAAGACAACUGGUGUCACAUGCGCAAUUCCUGAAGAAAGUCGAGUAUAAAUAUAAAGUUUGGUUGCUUCCACUCCUUCGCUAGUGCUCAAACCGUAAGCAUGGCGGCCAAAGGUAUCUGGCUGUGUUUUUUUCUAAUCGCAUUAGCUUAUGCUCAAGAUGAAGAUCAAGUAGAAGGGGAUCCCACAGCAGAAGAACUAUGUGAAAACAGACCAGCCGACGAAUAUUUCAGGCUAACAACAGAUGGAGAUUGCAGAGAUGUCGUAAGGUGUGAUAAAAAUAGUGAUAACAAUGGUGCUACAAGAUUGGCCUCAGUGCGAUGUCCAGCAGGUCUAGCAUUCGAUAUCGACCGUCAAACUUGCGAUUGGAAAACCCAUGUUAAAAAUUGUGAUAAAUUAGAAAAACCUAGGAAAGUACUUCCUAACUUCAAAACCGAUGAACCUAUAUGCCCAGAUGGCAAAUUAGCUUGCGGUAAUGAUGAAUGUAUCGACAAAGAACUGUUUUGUAAUGGAAAACCUGAUUGUAAGGACGAAUCUGAUGAAAACGCUUGCACUGUUGACAGCGAUCCAAACAGAGCUCCCGACUGCGAUCAAUCCCAAUGUGUCCUUCCCGAUUGCUUCUGUUCUGCUGAUGGUACCAGAAUUCCAGGUGGUCUAGAACCAGCCAAUGUACCACAAAUGAUCACCAUCACUUUCAAUGGUGCCGUCAACAUCGACAAUAUCGAUCUGUACGAAGAAAUCUUCAAUGGUCAACGCACCAACCCCAACGGUUGUCAGAUCAAGGGUACCUUCUUCGUCUCGCACAAGUACACCAAUUAUUCCGCAGUCCAAGACUUGCAUAGAAAGGGACAUGAAAUCGCUGUGUUCUCCUUGACUGCCAAGGAAGACCCCAACUACUGGAGUCAUGGAAGUUACGAUGAUUGGUUAGCAGAGAUGGCCGGAGCCAGGUUGAUCGUAGAACGUUUUGCAAACAUCUCAGACGGUUCCAUCAUAGGUGUGAGGGCUCCUUUCUUGAGAGUCGGAGGUAACAAACAGUUCGAGAUGAUGGCAGACCAAUUCUUCGUCUACGACGCCUCGAUAACCGCCUCUCUUGGACGUGUUCCAAUCUGGCCAUAUACCCUCUACUUCAGGAUGCCACACAAAUGUAACGGAAAUGCACACAACUGCCCAAGUAGAAGCCACCCAGUGUGGGAAAUCGUAAUGAACGAAUUGGAUAGACGUGAUGACCCUACUUUCGAUGAGUCUUUGCCAGGUUGUCACAUGGUGGAUUCCUGUUCUAACAUCCAAACCGGAGAACAGUUCGGUAGAAUGUUGAGACACAAUUUCAAUCGCCACUUGAACUCCAACCGUGCCCCCAUGGGUCUCAACUUCCACGCAUCUUGGUUGAAGAGCAAGAAGGAACUCAAGGACGAACUCAUCAAGUUCAUUGAAGAAAUGUUGGCCAGAAAUGACGUAUACUUCGUCACCAAUCUCCAGGUUAUCCAGUGGAUGCAGAACCCAACAGAGAUCAAUGGUCUCAGAGAUUUCGCCGAAUGGAAGGAAAAAUGCGAUGUUAAAUCUCAACCCUACUGCUCAUUGCCAAACUCUUGCGCUUUACACAGCAGAGAACUGCCAGGUGAAACUUUGAGAUUGUUCACUUGUAUGGAGUGUCCAAACAAUUAUCCCUGGAUUUUGGAUCCUACUGGAGAUGGUUUCUCCGCUAAGUAAUUUAUUGUAGAUCUAGUAAUAAAUAGAAAAACAGACAUACUUAUGUUCUGAUUCGAAAGACUUGUAAAUAGAUGUUUUCACUUAAUAUUAAUUGUAAAAUAAAUCUUCAAUAAGAUCAA